CACUCGGUUUGAUAAUGUCAGCGUUAUUGCGUUAUUCCAGUGGAAUCUUGCAUACGACAUGGAAGACAAAAUAGUUGUAUCGUUACUUAUUUUAAGUGGGUUCUCUGUAGUUUAUACACAAAGUGUUAACUAUCGCGAUGUUAAAAUAAAUCAAGGUGUUGUGCGAGGUUAUAAACAGCCUGGUGAAAAUAUUUUUACCUUUCAAAGUAUACCUUAUGCUACUGUACCAACUGGCCGUGACUUUUACAAGGCGCCAUUACCAGCACCCACGUGGAACGGAACGUUUGAAGCUACAGAUAAGAAAAUAGCGUGUCAUCAAGCUGGGGUAGGACUAAUACCUAGCGAUUCUAAAAUUGAAGAACAAUGUCUUAUUGCUAACAUAUAUAAACCUGACAGUUUACAAGAAAAAUUACCGGUAGUCGUUCUUAUUCAUGGAGGAGCCUUUUUAAUAGGUUAUGGGAAUAAUUUACAACCAAAAAACCUAGUUAAUAGUGGUAAAGUCAUAGCUGUAACAUUUAAUUAUAGGCUUGGGCCGCAUGGAUUUUUAUGCUUAGGUACUGAUGUAGCUCCCGGAAAUGCUGGAAUAAAAGAUCAAGUAGCUCUCUUACGAUGGGUACGAGAUAAUAUUGAACAUUUUGGAGGAAACCCUAACGAUGUCACCAUCGCUGGAUGUAGUGCUGGUUCUUCAUCUGUUGAUUUAUUAUUGAUUUCAAAGAUGGCAAAAGGUUUAUUUAACAAAGUGAUAGCUGGAAGCGGUGCUAACACAAACGCCUUUAGUGUUCAAACAGAACCAUUAGAUAAUGCUAAACAAUUUGCUCAACUAUUAGGGUUCAAUAACACUAACGAUGUAAAAGCUUUAGAAAACUUUUAUUUGGACACACCGUACGAGACAUUGCUAAGUUACACAAGCUACUUACAUGAGAGACGAGAUUCGGUGAUAUUAUUUUCACCAUGCAUUGAAAAAGAUAUAGGACAGGAGGUCUUCUUAGACGAUAGCCCAGUGAAAAUAUUAGAAAGCAAAGAUUACGUAAGAGUUCCCAUGCUUUACGGUUUUUGUGACAUGGAAGGAUUAUUCCGAUUACAUUUUUUUGAUAAUUGGAAAACUCAAAUGAAUGAAAAUUUUAUCGACUUUUUACCGCCUGACUUGGGUAAUAGUUUAAAAGAAAGAGAAACACUCGCCAAAGAAAUUAAAAGAUUCUAUUUUGGUGACGAACAAGUGUCUGAAACUAACAUUUUGAGAUAUAUAGACUUCUUCACAGACAUUAUGUUCGGUUACGGGAUGCUAAGAUCUGCAAAGCUUCAAGUGGAGGCUGGAAAUAAUCAAUUGUAUCUUUACGAGUAUUCUUUUGUUGAUGAGAGCAUGGAUUUAAUUCCAAAUACUAACAAAAGAGGUGCAACACAUUGUGCUCAAGAAGCUGCUGUUAUGGAUUUGCCCAAUGAAAAUGAAUUAUCACCUGAAUAUCAAAAUAUGAAAAAAGUUAUGCGGGAUUUAUGGUUGAACUUUGUAACAACUGGACUUCCAGUUCCGCAUGGAUCUAAUUACACAGCGUGGCCACCUAUGUCGCUUCAGAGGUCCUACAUGUCCUUGAAUAGUACUUUAGAGUACAGAGACGCUUUGAUGCCAGAAAGAGCUAAGUUUUGGGAUGAUAUAGUUAAAGAAUAUUAUAAGUUUCCAUCACCGCCUAACCCUACAAAUUUUGGGUUUAGAUUUCAUUGUACUAUUUAUAUUUUAAAUGCAGCUUUAAUAUUUAUAUUAAUAACCUAUUAAUUUCUUAAAUGAUAUACUAUGUCCAAGUUGAUAAAUGUGU